AUGCGCUUGGAAAUUGCCACCGAAGAGGAGCCAGAAAAGUUGGUCUAUCAAUCUUUUGGUGAGAAGAACAACGCCGGAGGUAUUAAGCAGCGUGGAAUUAAAGCGAUGGUAGUUGAACAUUAUCGAAAUGAGGAAAUACCGGCCUGAAGAUGCCUUGUGGAGCUGUACAAAAUAUACGUGUCAAAAUGUCCAAAAGGAGCAUUAGAAAAGGAAUCGUUUUACCUGACACCAAAGCGAAAGUACGAUUCUUCAGAUGAAGGUAGCUAAAAUGUUUUAUAUCUAUUUUAAAGCUAGUUAGCAUGCAGCAAGGUUUCUUUUAGAGCUUAAAACAGUCAUAAGUUUUGUGUGACUUGUUUAUUAAUUUGAUUAAAGUUGUUGUCUAAUCCGUUAUAUAUUUGAUGUUUUUACAGUUUGGUAUACAUCAAGCCCAGUGGGGCAUAACAAAUUGGGCCAAGUUGUCCGCCGUGUUUGUGAAAAGGCUGGGAUUAAAGGAAAUUUCACUAACCACAGUCUUCGAGCCACAACAGCAACGAGAGGAUUAUUGAAAGGCAUUCCAGAUAAGUUUGUUAUGCAACGGACAGGUCAUAGGGAUGCUCGGUCACUUCAAACAUACCAAAGACCUAGUACCUCGAGUAAAAUAGAGAUCUCAAAAGCUUUCGAUUGUGUAAAGUCGUUUACGACAGAUGAGAAAUGUGGAGAAAAAUUUGCCUUAAGUCCAAAAAGAAUAGAGACUUAUGAUAAUUGCGACUCGUUAACAAAAGUGCGUAAAUUAAAUUGUGAUGAAAGUGUGGGAACAAAUAGUGCCAAAAAGUCAGAAGUGGGUGUUUCUUUUUCUACUUGCACAUUUGUUGUAAAGAAGAACUUCAGCUGUUAA